CUGGGCCUUCAGGUUACCUCGUGUACUCGUAGAAGAAGUUGUGUAGUAGUACUUGUAGAAACGUCUCAUUGAAUCGACACUUUCCCUGUGUGUGAAUCAAUUGAUUGUCGGUGCGUUAUUUGAAUGUGGACUGGACUCUCCAAAGUCCAGUCUUUCCAAACACUUGCGUCCCAGAAUGUGGGUUUAAUCCCAACUCAUGAAAUGGGUGAAUGACCUUCGGAAAGACGGGUCCAGGGGCCGGAGUCGAGCCGUUCCAUCGCAUUUAAGUCUUGGGAGACGGCACUCCAGUUGGCUCAGUUGGCUCAAAGAUCCCAAACGGGAUUGUAAAUGUGCGAUUUUGGCUUCUGGCAGUCCACCCUGUGGUGUGGGUCUCGCUCGGCUUGAGCUCGAGGGUCCCGACGUCAACGUUUGAAUUGAGCGAAUGAAGAUACAUGCGAUGACGUGUUCUUUUAGAGACCCGAAGUCGUAGACCUUGUUGAGGGAUGUUCCUGAUUUCCCACGGUGGGGCCCAUUGUGGGAGCUGGGGUUGUCAUAGUCGAACGAUUCAGUGGGCCGCACCAUCAGUCCCGUGGCUAGGUCAGUGGGCGUGGACCACGCCCCAAACCCAGCCCUCGCGUAGUUUGCCAACCCGGUGUCUGGGGAGAUUUCACUUGGGUGGUGGUGUUAUUGGUGAUCGAACCUCAGCUUCCAAUCCAAGAUGGGGCGUGGGCUUUGCCUCAGUUGCUAAAGCCAUGGCUCGACCUUUGGUUCUUUGUGGUCCAUCCGGGAGUGGAAAAUCUACUCUGACUAAACGCCUCCUGGAGGAGUUUCCCGAUCAAUUCGGGUUAUCCGUCUCGCACACCACCCGGAGUCCACGAGCAGGGGAAGUGGAAGACGUUCAUUAUCAUUAUGUCGCCAAAGAGGAGAUGUUGAAGGCCAUAGCGAAUGGAGAGUUCAUUGAGAGCGCCCAAUUUUCCGGCAACUUUUAUGGCACCAGCAAAAAAGCCGUGGCCGCUGUUCUGGCCAAAGGGCGAAUCUGUAUCCUCGACAUAGAUGUACAAGGGGUGAUUCAGAUCAAGAAGUUGCCCGAAUUCAAACCCUUUUAUGUUUUUAUUCGUCCUCCGAAUUUGGAUGUGCUGGAGGCUCGAUUGCGUGGACGUCAAACAGAGACCGAAGAAAGCCUUCAAAAAAGGCUAGCAGCUGCCAAAGUUGAGAUGGACUACGGCAAUGAUAUUAAUAAUUUUGACAUAGUCAUCGAAAACAAUGAUCUGGAUAAAGCUUAUUCAGAACUCCGCGAAUUCCUGGCUCAAAAUGCUUUACAGCCAAAAGCCAAGUGACCUAAUCAUCGUGCUGUUUUCGUGAGCAUGUUUACCUCUGAGCCAAACAUUUUAAAUGCCAAAUAGAACCAUCAUUACCGUUGAAGACUUCUCGCGUUGAGCAUCAUCGAAGAUUGGCAACGCUAGCCUUUCCCAUCCAUGCGAAAUGACCACAUUUGGUUAGAAGAUAUUGUCUUGUUCGCCGACAAUAAUGAACAAGAAUACAUGUUUCAUAAAUCUUUCUUUGAAGUAAGCUUACCAUAUGUAAAAUAAAUGCUUAUACAUUUUGUUUGUU